AUGAAGUCAUGUAUCAUACAUAGGAAUUUUGAUGCCUGCAAGGCUCUGGUAAAAAGAAAAUUUGGAGAAAUUAUCCAAGAAAUACCAUUCCUGAAAAACAAGGUUGUUGCAGAUACAUUGUUACAAAGCAGAGGACAAAAUCCACAGCAUAAUCUUCUAAACUACAGCAUCCAGGCAGCUGUUACCCAUCUUCAGAUUGUUCUGAAUGUUGUUGAAUGGCAGCCUUUGACCAAGUGUCUGGAAACUUUGAUGAGAACCCCAUCUCAAAUGCAGCAAGCAUAUUUACCAGCAAUGCCACAAGAUGACCGCAUGGAAGCACAGGCAGUUCUUCACCAAGCAACGGAAGAUGACAAUCUGACUUGGUAUGAAUGCAAAUGUGGUUAUUUAUACGCCAUAGGAGAUUGCGGUCAGCCAGAUCAGGAGGGAAAUUGCCCAGAUUGCAAAAAUAAAAUUGGAGGUCAAUGGCAUACAGCAUUUCCAGGAAACGAAGUUGCAAACAUGUAUUUUGAUUUUCUAUAUCAUAUAUAA